UAAGAAAACUCAUUAUUAGAAAAAGUAUUUAUAAGUAAUUAUCCAUUGUGCACAUUUAUAAAAUACAUGUAUUCACUUUACAUGUGUAACAUUAAGUUUGUCUUUUAAGGAAAAGAUAUAUACAAAACUAUUCAAUUUGCUAAGCACAAAAAGUUUUAGCUGGAAUUUAUUCGACAAUUAUUUGACAACCGUCGCAUUAAUUUUAAAUAUAUAUACAUAUUGUUUAAUCAAUUUGAUUGUAAAAACAAUUAAACUGUUUACAUAUAAUGCCCCAGUUAUAUGUAAGACAUAGGAAUAACUUGUAAUAACUAGAAUAUUUGUACGGCAACCUGUUUCCCAAACUUCCAACCUCAUGUAUGUUUACUAGUAAACACUCAGUAGCAUGUGCUUGGCAAUGCCUUCUUAUGAUUCUUAUGAGGUCCUAGCGGAGACCAUGGUCUAUCUUGAAUCGACAUGGCAUACAGCUCAUGGAUGCUGAUAGGUUGUACCUGGUGUUCAAAUAUCCUUACCUGUGGCUUAUUCAACAUGUGCUAAAUUGGAAUUGGGGUCCAGUGGUCUGACUUGUCAGUAACAAUGCUCGAUUCCUGCCCUUAAAAGUAGUCGUAACACCGGGUCCUAUGGGCGCAGGUUGUUAUAACUAGAAGAUGACAAUUAUUGAAGUAUUCGGUUAAUUUGAAUUAAGGUUAUUUACGUAAUGUCACAAUAAACAAGGAACAAACGGCAAAAAUUAUGAAAUUAACUAGUUAAAUACUUUUACUAUAAUAUUUUUUAUAAAUAUUAAUAUUUAUUGAUUUUUUAAAAGGCAUAGGCUUGUACGUAUGCCAAUGUGACGGCAAGUUUAGUAGGCCAUAAUGAUCUGUUAACACAUUUCUUGUUGUUAAGUAUAAUAUGAUGUAAGACAUGACACUAGAUUAUUUCCGUUUCAUUUCUCAUGAAAUUUAAAAAUCUGAAUACACUAUUACACAAUCAGUAAUGUUCUUCAAAUAUUGUUAUUGUGAUAUUUCAAUUAUAGCUAACAGCCGGGUUCUUUAUACGUUAUUAGCCGCGUCUGAUCCAAAUGGUUUUGUCGGAAGAACUGCUGUUCGUAAUUUGUUUUUUACAUAAUGAAUUUUGUUUCCUGUUCGGAGAAAUAUUUUUUUUCUUUCGUGCUUAUAAACUUUAGGUAAAAUUAAAUUGCAUAAUUCCAAGAGAAAAAAACGACAUAUAAGGGUAACUGGUGGCUUGGAGACAAAAAAGGGUAUGCAUCCAUGGCAAGUGAAUAUUGAACGAUGGAAACGAGGAUGGCAUCAUUGGUGUGGUGGUACAAUUAUCAAUAACGAGUGGAUAUUGAGUGCUGCACAUUGUUUUGAUGAUUUUGUAAGGAGAUACGAUGAUUCGAGAGCUAAAUUAAAUAUAACGGACUUAAGGGUUACUGUUGGAAACCAUGAUCUAAAAAAACAUGAUGAAUAUGAAAAGAUGUUUAACGUUGAAUAUAUUGUGAAACACUGGAAUUACAGUGGUAUGUAUUUGUAUGGUAUCAAUUUCGGAGAAUUCAUUACAGAUUUCCAAAGAAGCUACACUAACAACGAUAUAGCAUUGCUCAAAGUAAAAUCAACCAGUGGCAUUACAUUCAAUGACUAUAUACAGCCAGCGUGUUUGCCAGAAGAUUUGACUCUGCUUCUAUCUGAAAUAAAAUGCCAAGUGUCCGGCUGGGGGAAAGACAAUUUCCAUGGUGAAAUAUCAUACAAAUUAAAGGCAGUGGAGGUACCGAUCAUUCCAGGUGACGUUUGUCAAAGUAACUACAACAAAUAUUCCAUUGAUUUUGAAAAUGUGAUAUGUGCCGGUGAUACCACAGCUGAUACAUGCCAGGGGGACUCUGGAGGACCUCUCAUUUGUAAUAUCAACGGUCUUAGUACGGUAAUUGGCAUAACUUCCUGGGGUGAGGGCUGUAGUCAAAAUGAUUCCCCUGGUGUUUACACGAAGGUUUCGGCGUAUAUAAAAUGGAUACAUGAACAGAUUUCCAACCACAGAUUAGAAGUAACUUCAGGAUGCAAACUUUCUGCAGACAGACGAUACAUGUUUUUCAACAUGGAUGGAGUAGAACAAAUGCCGGGAGAUCAUAUUGCUGUUGGGGACACUUUGACGGUGAAAUGUAGAUUCAUUGACAUGUACUCAUAUAUGACAUAUGAAUAUUAUUACGAUGACUACGGUAAUUACAAUGAUACUGAUAUCGCUGCUGAUGUUAUAACAAUUUCAUGCAAGUAUGAUAACAAAAUGACGAAAAUACAUAAAGAAUGUCCUGAAGCGCCAAAAUAUGACGGAUGUUUGAAGAUUGAUAACGGAAAUGUAACUAUAUCAAACAACUUCUACGUUGUGUCCUGUGAUAAGGGAUUUUCAUUAGAUAUUUUUGAGCCAGAAGAAAAAAGGAGCAAUUGUAUAAACGGCGAAUUAAAAAGUGUAAUUGGAGGUCAGGAACCUAAAUGUAUUCCAGAUCGUUGUAAAAUACCGUAUGACUUUGAUACAUUUCUGUCAAUAACUGACAGAUUUCAUGUCUAUAUCUCUGGAGGUUCUGUUGUUGAGCUGGGGGACUUUGUUUACUUCAACUGUUCAAAGCCAGGAGAUGAUAUACACGAACCUGUGAAUAGAAGAUUCAAGUGUAUAAACGGCCAGUGGAUUGAGGAUGAAAGAAAUAAAUUAUGGAAGUUGGGAAACUACGGGAAUUUUCCAAAAUGUAGAAAAACAAUAUGUGAACCGGUGUGUCAAAAUGGAGGUGUUUGCUGGAGGGAUGAUCGAUGUAAUUGCAAGCAUUUAACAUAUGGAAAACGUUGUGAAAACGUUAUAUGUGACGAUAAAUGCUAUGCUAAUAAUGGCGAAUGCGUUGGUCCUGGAAAAUGCAAAUGCCCAGAGGGGAAAUUUGGAAAUAACUGUGGACUUAGUGCCUGUAGACUUCCUGACAUUGAAAAUAUGGCAAAGUUAAACAUCCGAAGAACCUAUUAUGGUACUGGCGAAACAGUUCGCGAUUUCACGUGUAGUCUUGGAUAUUUUUUAUCAUCCGAUGAGGGAAUGACAUGCCAGAAUAAUGGAGAAUGGUCCGAUGUUAUAACGUGUGUAAAAGGUUAAGUGCAAAUAUUUAUAUAUGCUA